AUGUUCUCGUGGCUGACAAGGAUUGCGACCGCGUGCUGGCGUCCGGUCCAACGGUACGCACAUAUGUACAAGGAUGAGAACGUUGACGAUCCGCUGUUGUGGUCCAAGGACAUUGGUCGGCACUCGGUGGGGGAGUACUCCUUCGCUGUCGCCCAGGCUAACGAGUCGAUCGAAGACCACAGUCAAGUGGAGACCGGGCGCGCCGCCACCUUUGUCGGAGUUUACGAUGGCCACGGGGGGCCAGAUGCCUCACAAUUUGUCUCUGAUCACCUAUUCCUUCAUUUGAUUAGUGAGUUCCUAUGCUUUGUUCUCUGUUUCUGUUCGGACGAGGCGUGUUUUGAUCUAUUCAAUUGGAUUUUCUGUGCUAUCUGCCGUACUGUUUAUUUUUCGUUCUAGGUUUUUUGGCUAGUCGAUACGAGUUAACUUUACAAAUUAUUUUGUUUUCCACUCUGCUACAUUGAUGCUAGCUUGCGAUGAGAUAUAUUUAUUUCCAAGUAAUUAGCAGAGCUUCACUUGCUACAUCAUUGUGACACCAGACUAGUUAAUUAUUCCUUUGUUUAGAUUAAGGACUACUUCUUCUCCAACAAGUUUGACCAAGUAAAAGGGAAGUUUCCUGCAUACAUUUGCUGAAUCUUAUUUCUUGUAACGCCACAUGGACUAGAUAAGACCAGAUUCUUUUGACAACGUUGACAUUGUAGCUUGGACAUUAAAAGCGGUGAUAGUCGUGUGUGAUUCAGAUCAUUAUCUUGGAAAAUGGCCACGACACUUUUUCUAUUUCAAAUGGAUUAAUCUUCUCUCGUGGUAAUGGAGAAUAUUUUGAAAUUCCCGGCAUGUCGUGCGAUUUAAUGUUAGAUAUUUAUUUUUGACGGUGCAGAGAAAAGUAUGCUUUUAGCAAAAUAUCUUCUAAACAAUGAUUAAAUGGAUCUCGAUAUUAACAAAAUAAAAGCAUGAAAAUGCACAUGGCUUCCACAGUUGUUGUCUUUUGCUACAUUUGCCUGAAUUUGGUGGACUGUCUGACGGAUGUCAAUUGUAAUAUAGCACGAUAAUAAAUCGCCAAUUUCUGAUUCACCUACUGUAGGUAAUAAGUCUCGGGCUGAGAGGACGUUGAAACUUUUGUGAGUAAACGGAAUAACUGUGAAAUAAAGAAUUGAGAGAGUUAGAAGUAUUAUGCUGAUGCUCAAUACGACUUUUUCCUUUGAAAUUUAACCUCUUCAUUUAAUCAAUGAAUCAAUUUCUAUGUAGAAUAUGCAUCAGUAAUCAGUAUGGGCAAGCGAAAAAUUCGAAGUGCUUAUGAAGAGUAUUUACCAUGUACAAUGUAACCUUUUGCUAGUGAACCACUGUGAUGUGCCAUUUUAGAAGUAAUAUCUCAAUGUUAUAUCUGAUCUUGGUGUUGAAAUUUCAUCCUCUUCUGUCAACUUUUCAAUGUGUCAGUACGGUAUGCAUGAAUAGUCAUUGUUGGAAAAGUAGAAAAUCGAAACUAGUUCACCUUCGGGUAGAAGAAGCAGAAGUCUAUGUAUAAUUUCCCCUGUUAAUCAAAUGCUGUGACGUGUCAUCUUAGAAGUAACAAGUAUCUGCUUUCAUGUGAUUUUGCUUUCAAAAUUUAAUCCACUUUCUAUUUCCAAUAGAUCAUUUUUUCUGUAGGAUCUGUAAGAACAAUCAUUACUGGUCAAGUAGAAAAUUCAAACGAAUGUGCCUUUAAACCUUUGAACUUGAAUAAUUCGUAGAUUUUCUUUUCUUGUAAAUGAACUGUAAUCUUUGACUGUGUAUUAAAGUGAGAAGCAGUCGAAGAAUCAACAUGUGCUGAAUCAUCACCACUUUGUUUGCACAAUGAGACACACUCAGGGUUCAGUAUGGUGUUGGUGUGAUAUUUUUCAACUGAUGUGCUUGGUCAUUGAUUGAGUUUAUUACCUCAUUUUACAUUGAUCAUCAUGGGAGAUUCGGGGCAUGGUUUGGUUUGCCCAGAGGUGAAGAUCUUCAGAUUUCUCCAAUCGGGGGAGUUAUCCUUGCCUCCUGAUUGCCCAGAAGCGUAGAUUUAACUCGAAGCAUUCUACAUGCCACUACCAUUUUCCGAACCUAGAGCCUUCAUUAGAGAGAAAUCAGUCAUUUGCCUACCUAAGUGAAGCAGUGCAGGAAAGAGGAUCUAGUUUGGAUUAUCACUGAAAUAUUUCACAAAGCCUGACGAUUAUCAAUGUGAAAAGUGAAAGAAUAGUUGCUAAUCAUGAUACUAUAUAUGGACGGAUAAUUAUAUUUUUUACAAAUUUUUAUAGUGGAUUCUAUGCAUUGGCGUAAAUUUUCUUUCAAAGGCUUGUUGGUUCUAAAUAUGACUUACCUGUGCAGCUUCUUAUUAGGUUCAUUUGGCAAUUACCAUUUUAAGUUUCGUUGAAUUUAUAUAGAUAGUCCCUGUGUUUCUCCUUGGUGAGAAUCAAGAGCCCACCAUAUCAAAAGGAGAGAAGACCCAUAAAAGGGGAGACAAAUUACAGCCAUACACGCUAUAAUGAUGGUCUGCUAUGUCGCACUUUACUGGAUCACAAACGCCCCUAUGAUUGCGUCAGGAUUGCUAUGUUCUCUGAGUAAUCCACCCAUCUAUCUGGAAAGUGAGACAAUGAUUCGCCCUUUCGGUGAUUAGACUGCUUCUGGAGAUGGAUGUAAACCAUCAAUCUAUCUCAUCUACUGCAUCAUUGAGCCAUUGUCUGUUGACAAUUUUUAUCUAUAUAUAUAUAUCUAUACAGUCGAAGCCUAACAGAGAUGGAAUAUUUCUCGUAGUACCAAUGAUGAUAGACCAUGCUGUGGUGUUUGCUUCAUUUGACUCAUUCAUGAUAUGUUGUCGUAAUGUGCAAAACUGUGGGUUUUCUUGUGUGGACCAGUGGGUAUAAAAAUUGUAGGGUCUGUGUAUUUAUUUUUCUUUUUUCUUUUAAUUCAAAGGACGUUCAUGGAAGGUUCUUGUUUCUUUGACUCGUUUGACUACACGUAGUUGCCAUAGCACGAGGGGGGAAGCAUAAUGGAUUUUUAUCCUCAUGUUGGCAGGACUAGGAGGACAAUUGGAAAAAUAAUAAUAAUGAUAAUUAACUGUCUACUACUGCUUCAUAUUGUGUUCAUCCUUUCUACACUAGGCACACGCCACCGACCAUGCUGGUUCGAUUUGAUUCCUUCUGAAUACAUGAUAUGAAGCAUGGGUCCAUCGUUUUGACUGAUUGAUGUCUUACAUGGGGCGUUGGACUUCGCAGGAAUUGCUCGGGAAACUGGGACAAUCUCUGAGGAUGUCAUUAAAAAUGCAUUUUCUGCUACUGAGGACGGAUUUCUUGCGCAUGUGCGUAGAAUGCGCCAGGUAAAGCCGCUGAUUGCUGCUGUCGGGUCCUGCUGUCUUCUUGGAAUCAUAUGGAGAGGGGCCCUUUACAUAGCUAACCUAGGAGAUUCGCGAGCUGUGAUGGGCUGUGUGGGUAGAUCGAACCACAUUGUCGCUGAGCAGCUGACUCUCGACCACAAUGCAAGUGUGGAGGAAGUUAGACAAGAACUCAGAUCUCUCCAUCCAGAUGAUUCCCACAUCGUGGUCCUCAAGCAUGGUGUAUGGCGAGUCAAAGGCAUCAUACAGGCAAACUUCUGCUUCGAUUAGCUUGGUCGCUCCUCUCUGAAAUUCUAAACAUUUGACUAAAAAACAAAAAAAAUCGUCCCCUUCAGGUCUCGAGAUCCAUCGGCGAUGCUUACUUGAAGAGACCUGAGUUUGCCAUCGACCCUUCGGUGCCUCGUUUCCGGCUCCCAGAGCCCCUAACCCGCCCAGUACUCUCGGCUGAACCAUCUGUCAUCAGAAGAGUUCUUCGCCCACAUGACAAGUUCUUGAUACUCGCCUCUGACGGCCUCUGGGAACAUCUGUCGAAUCAAGAAGCUGUCGAGAUCGUGCACAGUCACCCGAGAGUAGUAUGCUCCUCUCUCUCUCUCUCUCUCUCUCUCUCUCUCUCUCUUUCUAUCUGUCUGUCUGUCUGUCUGUCUGUCUGUCUAUUGAUCGCUUUCUCUGUUCAUACAUGGUAGGGUAUUGCAAGACGCCUUGCACGAAUGGCAUUGCAGGAGGCGGCCAGGAAGAGAGAGAUGAGGUACGUGGAUCUCAGGAGAGUCGAGAAGGGGAUCCGCCGCUUCUUCCACGACGACAUCACCGUCAUCGUCGUAUUCAUCGAUCACGAGCAUCUGGUGCAAUCCAGUGUCGACGUGCCCGAGAUCUCAGUCCGCGGGUUCGUCGAUGCCACCGGGCCUUCAGAGUUCUCUGUGUUGGACGGGAUGUGA